AUGUCUCCUCAACUUUCCAAUCCUGUAAAUAUUAAUAACAAUACCACAAAUUCUGCAUCCUCCUCUCCCGAUCAAAAACAACAACACAUGAAUUCCAAGAAUUUACAAAUUGCUCGAGAAGAAGAAGAAUGGUUGAAAAAGAAACCCAAAUUCCUCACUUGUAAAGAAGCACUGGAUCGUAUCAUGUGGGAUCAAGAUUUAUCCGAUGCCUAUUCUCAUCUCUCAAUGGUCUAUAAAGAUCGAUUUGAAGGUGAUACCUUAAUUUCGUAUGAAGAAUUCUUGAAUUCGGAUUUGGCUGAAGAAUUGCCACAACACAGAAUUCAACAACUCAUUUACCGAGAUCAAUUUGUCUUUUGGGAUAAACGAAAUCGAAUUGACAUGUUAUCGAAUGGUCAAUUGAGAGAAUUUAUUGUGGCAUGUUUGAAACAAGAACAAGCCAUUGAAGAAGAACAAGCUCAAGAAUUUACAACCAUUUUACAACCCAGUACUCAAAAGCCAAAAAAGCAAAAUAAGAAGAAUAAGAAGAUUAUGAAAGAAUUUGUGCGAGCUCAAGAUGCUAAUGACAAGGGUGUAAAAUCAAGUGAUGACGAAGAAGAAGAUGAAUUGGAACGAUAUAUGGAAGAAUAUGAUGAAGAAUAUUCUCGAUAUUUGUACCAUUGA